AUGGCAUGGUUUGUGAAGGGCCCUUGUAACCUGGUACACAGGUUGGUCGACAGAGGGAACAAAGCAAACUUGAUGACUUCUGAGAGCAACCAUUUCACGGACGAAGUGGUAGUCCAACUCAAUGUGACGUGUGCGGGCAUGAAAAACUGGAUUGGCCGCCAUGUGAGUGGUGCUGAGACUGUCACAAUAGAGGAGGACUGA